GUGUGCAUUUCGCGUUUAUCUCGAGGCGGUAUUUCGUGUGAGAACGUGUCGCAACUGUGCUGGAACGAUGCAGGCCCGCGAAAAGUUAUGGGGAGGACGUUUCACAGAGGUCACCGAUCCCCGAUUCCACGAUUUUAACGCAUCGAUCGGUGUUGACAAACGAAUGUACGCCGAGGAUAUAGAGGGCAGCGUAGCGUACGCGAGAGUAAUACAUGCAGCUAAUCUUCUUUCAAACGAAGAAUUACAAGCCAUACUGGGCGGUCUCGGAAAGGUGAAAGCUGAAUGGGAAAAGAAUGAAUUUACCAUACACGUUGAAGAUGAGGACAUACACAGCGCGAACGAGCGUCGACUUUCGGAAUUAAUUGGAGAUACGGCGAAGAAAUUACAUACAGGAAGAAGUCGUAACGAUCAAACGAUAACCGACACGAAAUUAUGGCUUCGAAGAUCUAUAGAUACGCUUUCGAUGAAAGUGAUUAAAGUGGUCCAGGUUUUGGUCGAUCGUGCUGAGAAAGAUAAAGAGAUUAUUAUGCCUGGCUACACGCACAUGCAACGCGCGCAACCAGUAAAGUGGAGCCAGUGGUUGCUCAGUUACGCGUGGUACGCAAAAGCGGAUUUUGAGAGGUUGCAAGAGAUUCGAAUGCGAGUAAACGUCUUGCCUUUGGGCAGUGGAGCAAUAGCGGGGAAUCCUUUUCAAAUCGAUCGAUGCUUAUUGGCCAGCGAAUUGAAUUUUCAUGGAAUAACCUGGAACAGCAUGCACGCGAUAGGUGACAGAGAUUUCGUUGCUGAGUUUCUCUUUUGGUCCUCGUUAACGGCGAUCCAUCUCAGUCGUCUAUGCGAGGAUUUGAUCAUUUAUAGCAGUGAGGAAUUCGGUUUCGUCAGGUUCACCGAUCAAUUUUCAACAGGAAGCAGUUUGAUGCCUCAAAAACGUAAUCCGGACUGUAUGGAAUUGAUACGUGGAAAAUCUGGCACCCUGCUUGGAAAAUGUAUGGGUUUCAUGAUCACCUUGAAAGGAAUUCCGUCCACUUAUAAUAAGGAUCUUCAGGAAGAUAAGGAAGCAUUGUUUUCCACGUUCGACGCCUUAGAUAGCAUGCUUGUUAUUGUUGCGAGAGCCCUAGAAACUCUUGAAGUGAAUAACAGGAAAUGCGCAGAAGCCCUGACACCUAGUAUGUUGUCAACAGACAUGGUGUAUUAUCUUGUUCGAAAAGGAAUUCCAUUUAGAGAAGCUCAUUAUUUGACUGGAAAAGUUGUAGUUCUGUCAGAAUCUCUUGGAGUGUCUCUUAGCGAGUUAAGUCUCGAACAAUUGCAAACAGUGAGUAAAUGCUUUCAAAAGGACGUAAAAAAUAUUUGGAAUUUCGCCAGCAGCGUGGAACAGUAUAAAGUUGCAGGUGGAACCAGUAUAACAGCAAUGGAAAUGCAAAUUAGCCAUCUUCGAACUUGGUUGCAGCAAAUAAAUCCUGUCUAGCGAGUAAAAAUAAUAAAAUGUAGUAUUUAGUCAAUGAAGAAUACUUCAGAAAUAAAAG